AUGCCGAACAACGCUGGUCCCUGCAGUAGCAAGAAGCGUUUUCUGGCCAGUGUGUUGUCGUCGAUACUGAGGUAUGGAGGUCCAGCCUGGGUUCCAGCGCUGGAAACGAAGCAGAACCAAAGGAAACUGAGCAGUACGUUCCGGUUUAUUGCCAUGCGAGUCGGGAGUGCGUACAGAACCAUCUCGUCAGAAGCAGUAUGCGUAAUCGCCGGAAUAAUCCCUGUCAGCAUCGCCCUAGCGGAGGACAGCGAGUGCUACAGAUGGAGAGAUGCAGGAAGAGUUAGAAAAGUUGUGAGAGCGGAAUCGUUGGCUAAGUGGCAACAUGAGUGGAACACGGCGGAGAACGUUCCUGUCUGGCCACGGCUGCUUCAGGAAGUACCUGCAUCGGUGUAUGAAACGCUGGAGCAUGUGGUCUUCGACUGUCAAAUGUGCGAGGCAUUGCGAAGGGAGAUGCCCGUCCUUAACGUGGAGAAUGUCGUCGAUGGAAGGCACUUGGAAUGCCACAGCAGCUGCAGCGAAAAUGGAGAGAGGAGCAGUGAUCUUGCAACACCAUAA